CUUCAAAGAGCAUCUGAAACCCUGAGAGAGCAUCCAAAACCUUCACAGAAAUGCUUUUUUCUGUCCUGUUUAUGCUGGGCAUCUGCCUGGUGCCUGCUCAGCUUAAACCAGCAGGUGAAUAUCUUGGCAGCCCUUUCCUUCAGCAAUCUUUUGAAGAAGCAAGGAAAAUUGUGGAUGAUGCAUACAAGUACUCCAGAGAAGAGAGUCUGAGACGAGUCCGCAGGGACGUGGUGAGUCCUCACGAUGCCCUUCGACUCCUGAAGCAGCCUCGCGGUGACACACGCUUAGCUGUGAGAUCCGCAGACUACAUGGCACAAACCAUCCGUCUGUUGCAGGAGAGGGUGCAUCAUGUGCACAAGCGCUCACUCAAUGCAACAGAUUUGCUCACUCCCGAGGAUCUGGAAAAACUUGCUGAAAUAACUGGAUGUGCAGUUCGAGUCAAAGCACCGCAGUGCGUCACCACACCAAACCUCAACAAGUACCGCACAAUCACCAGCGUCUGCAACAACCUAAACAAUCCUCGCCUCGGUGCCUCCAACACCCCCUUCACCCGCUGGCUGCCUGCUGAAUAUGACGACGGCAUCUCCCAACCCAAAGGAUGGAACAGAACCCGGAAAUUCAACAACUUCUUGCUUCCACUGGUGCGACAAGUGUCCAACAAUAUCCUGAGCACGGCAGACGCAGACGUGUCUAGUGACACACAGUACUCUCACUUGGUGACCUUGUUUGGUCAGUGGAAUGACCACGAUCUCACCUUCACACCCUUCUCGCCCAGCAUCCGCUCCUUCAGCAAUGGGGUGAACUGCGAGGAGAGCUGUGAGAGCACUGAGCCGUGCAUCCCCAUCCCGCUUCCUCCCGGGGACCCCCGCUCACCGUUGUCAAAGUGCAUCCCUUCAUUCAGAUCCGCCCCCGCUUGCGGGACAGGAUACAGUGCUUUGAAUUUCGGUGGAGAGCCCAACAAGAGAGAGCAGAUCAACGCACUGACAGCCUUCCUCGAUCUCAGUCAGGUGUACGGCUCUGAGGAUAAGCUCGCGCUGACUCUUCGCAAUCUCACUGACAAUGGUGGCUUGUUGCGGGUGAAUACAGAGUUCAGAGAUAACGGGCGUGAGCUGCUGCCCUUCCACAGUCUCCAGGUGAAAAUGUGUGCUACUCGCAGAAGAGUCACCAAUGAUACAAACGCCAGGGAGAUUCCUUGUUUCAUUGCAGGUGAUCCCCGUGUGGAUGAAAACAUUGCUCUGACAUCCAUUCACACACUGUUUUUACGUGAGCAUAACCGCCUUGCUCGUGCACUGAAGAGGCUAAACCCACACUGGGACAGUGAGACGCUCUACCAAGAGACGCGCAAGAUCAUGGGUGCUUACACACAGGUGUUCGUGUUCAGAGACUACCUGCCACACAUCGUUGGUAUUGAUGCAGUGCACAGACAGCUUGGCCGCUACCCAGGCUACAAUCCAAACGUUGACCCCAGCAUCUCCAACGUCUUUGCAACUGCAGCUUACCGAUUCGCCCAUUUAGCCAUUCAACCAGUUUUAUCCCGUCUGGAUGCAAGCUUCAGGGAGCAUCCUCAGUUCCCCAGUGUGCCCCUGUUUAAGGCCUUCUUCACACCCUGGAGAAUUGCUUUUGAAGGUGGAAUUGACCCUCUGCUGCGUGGUUUGAUCGGCCAGCCUGCUAAACUGAACACCCAGGAUCACAUGCUGGUGAACGCUCUGAGAGAGAAGCUGUUUCAGUUUGUACAGCAUAUAGCCUUGGACCUGGGUUCUCUCAACAUGCAGCGAGGGCGUGACCAUGGCAUCCCUGGCUACAACGCCUGGCGCAGGUUCUGUGGUCUGUCUCAGCCCAGGAAUGAGGCAGAGCUGGGUCAGGUCCUGAACAACAACAAUCUGGCCCGCAGGCUCCUGGAGCUCUAUGGAACCCCUGACAACAUUGAUGUUUGGCUCGGAGGUGUUGCAGAGCCAUUUGUGCAAGGUGGCCGUGUCGGGCCUCUGUUUGCCUGCCUCAUCGCAACCCAGUUCCAGAGGAUCCGCCAGGGUGACAGGCUCUGGUACGAGAAGUCAGGUGUCUUCACCGCACAGCAGAGAAAUGCUCUGUCUCGUGUCACGUUGUCCAGUAUUAUCUGUGACAACACUGGGAUUCAAUCUGUCACCCGUGAUGCCUUCAGUCUCAUGUCAAGAAGCAACCGCCUCGUGUCGUGCUCAUUGGUGCCUCGCCUGAAUCUGGCUGCCUGGCGGGACAGACAAUGCAGCUCAGGUGCACCUGGAUGUUUUGGAUUCCGUGAAGCAGAGGAUCUGAACGAGGCAGAAAACCAGGACUUUGAGGGCAAUGACAUCACCGAAGACCUCCAGGGCAAUGACAUCACCGAAGACCUCCAGGGCAAUGACAUCACUGAAGACCUCCAGGGCAAUGACAUCACUGAAGACCCUCAGGGCAAUGACAUCACUGAAGACCCUCAGGGCAAUGAGUUCCAGUAGGACUUCUCCAGCAUUCUUGCCUGAGUACAUCCAUCUUCAGAGAGAAUCAUUUGUUCCCAUCACCCUAUUUACAUCUACAUCUGUCAGGGAGUUCAGUGCUGGUCAUCGGAGGAGCGGUGCUUCAGCUGAGAAUGGGAGGCCAACUGUCGCUUGAGACCAGCGUUGUGACCACAGCUUCCUCUCAUGACAAAAACACUGAACUGCAUUUUCCUUACAUUAAUUAGGUCAUAAAAAAAAAGAGCAUUAUUAGGGAGAAA